AGGGACCUCUUUGCCCUCCAGAAACCAGGAAGGGAAUUGAGUUGAUCUACUGCUGCCUGUUUAGCGCAUACGAGGCUUUGAGAAGCAGGGACAGCUAAAGAGAGAGAGAGAGCAAGCAAGAGAGAGAGCUCCAGAGAGGAGGAGAGGCGAGACGAGCAAACCCACAAAAUCAGCACCACGGCCAUCACAGACAGGCAGACGGACAGACGGCAGGACGGAGACCCGGGCGGCGGCUGCGAUUGGCGGCUCGACGGCAGGCUGGUGGAAGAUGUCGUCAGGGGCCGGCGGGCGGGCGUGCGAGGCAGAGGAGGGCCCAGUGGGCAUCCCCUUUCCUGAGCACAGUGCCGACCUGCUGGAUGGCUUGAACCGGCAGCGGCUCAGCGGCUUGCUGUGUGAUGUGCUGCUGGUGGUACAGGAGCGCGAGUUCCCCGCCCACCGCUCGGUUCUAGCCUCCUGCAGCUCCUAUUUCCACAAACUCUUUACCUCAGGCCUGGCUGCUGAGCGCCAGAGUGUAUACGCACUGGACUUUGUGCAUGCUGAGGCGCUUGCUGCACUGCUGGACUUCGCCUACACAGCCACACUCACCGUCAGCCGUAGCAGUGUAGCCGACAUCCUAAGUGCUGCUCGUCUGCUUGAGAUCUCCCCCGUCCAGGAAAUCUGCACACACCUGCUCGACACCAAAGUGCUCUCCCUUCCGACGGGCAGCGAGCGAAGAGAGGACGACCUGGAAGAGGAUGGAAAGUGUGGACGGAGAAGCCGAGAGCAGGGCAACCGGCUACGUGCUCGCGAGUACCUGGAAUUCUUCCAGAGAGGGGCGCACUGGAGCAGCAGCUGCAGUACGCCAGAGCUCAGGGACAUGCCCGCACACCUGCACUUUAGCCAUCGCAAUGGCGCUGACAGCAAUGGCACGCCGUCUAACUACUUCCCUCCCCCUGGCCCAGGGCUGGCGAUACACCCUCCACCAGACCUGGAGGAUGAUCCAGAUGAGCAGCAGGACACCAAGGACGUGCUGAUCUGGGCUCGAGGGAAUGGCACUGAAGCGCUUUCACACUUCUAUGCCCCAUCAUCACAGAAUGGACACUUCUACCUCCAAUCUGAGCCCAAGACAGAGCGGGAAGCAGAGGUGGAGCGAGAGGUGGAGCGAGGGCCGGCCAGUGCUCUCCUGCAGCAGAUGAUGGACUCUAUAGAGCGGCAGAAGGAGAGGCCAGCUGGAGCUGAAAACGAGGGUGCUGACGGUGAUGAGCCUGACGUGGAGUUUUACUUGAAGUACUUUAACAGUGUGCAGCGUGAGGAGGCAACCGUUCCACUCUGGGCCACAGUGCGAGGUGGAGAAGGUAGGGGCACUGGAGGCCAACCUAGCACAGGGAACGCUGGCGGUGAGAGAAAAAUGCGCUCCAAGGCCUUCCAGAAGUGCCCUAUUUGCUCCAAGGUCAUCCAGGGUGCUGGCAAACUACCCCGCCACAUCCGCACGCACACUGGAGAGAAGCCCUAUGAGUGUGCCAUCUGCAAAGUGCGCUUCACCAGACAAGACAAGCUCAAGGUUCACAUGCGCAAGCAUACAGGAGAAAAGCCUUACCUGUGCACACAGUGUGGUGCCGCCUUCGCUCACAACUAUGACCUGAAGAAUCACAUGCGUGUACAUACAGGCUUACGUCCCUAUCAGUGCUCCAGCUGCUUUAAGACCUUUGUGCGCUCGGACCAUCUUCACCGCCACUUGAAGAAGGAUGGCUGCAAUGGCAUCCCGUCUCGUCGUGGGCGCAAGCCUCGUGUACGAGAACCAGAUGUGCUUGAAGCACCUCUGGAGCCAACCGGUGCAGGGCCGAGAUCCAGCAGGGGCCAACUGCAUCCAGAGGAUGAGGAUGAUGAAGAGGAGGAGGGCAUUGGUGUGGUUGUUAUGGAAGAAGUUCCAGAGAGUCGCACACAUAGCCCACUGGCUGACAGAGAGGCUAGAGGAGAUGCAACUGCAAGGCAAAGAGACGCCACAACACCAUAAAUUACACACUGCUGGUGCUGGUGUUGCACAGAAAUCAGAGAAAAAAGAAAAUCAGUCGAGAGAAAAAAAGCUACAACUCCAUGCUUCUCUUUAAAAACCAAAUCAGGGUGUCCCAAAAAUCUAAUCUCUUAAUUUACAUCUUUCUUUCUGUUUUUUUUUUUCCCUUUAACAUUCAGCAUAGAGACCUGAAGCCACACUUCCUGGCCUGUUGAAAGAGUGAAGAGCACUUGACAUCACUCACCUGUGCUAUCUCUGUCUUUCUGGGUGUUCAUUUUUGAUUUUGUGUUUUUAAAUUAACUUUGGCGUAAUCGCUUGUCCAUAUGCAUACGAGACAUCGGAGCUACUAUGCAGUUAAAACAGGUUCCUCAUCUCUGGGUUGUGUCCACAGGGCUUUGUCUUAAAACAAGUGAGGUGUCAAACACCUGGCUGACCAUGGCUGCUAAUGCAACAGGUAAACAAAGAGUGAUCCAAGAUGUGGGAGAAGCAACAAACGAAUCUUUUUUUUUUUCUAAUGCAGUGAAAAAUAUGUACAUAUACCAUAUAGAAAAGGUUCUAUUGUCUCAGAUCAAUAUGGCAAUAUUAUGCAAUUCUGAUGCAGCACCUUCUUUAUAAAUGUUAAAGAAAGAAUCUGACAGGGGUUUGAUUUUAAGUGUUACUUUCUCUCUCUAAAAAAAAAAAACAUGGCUAUAUCUUUUAAAAAGGUUAACAUUUUGAGGCAAAUCCUAUUAGGGCCAUGGGAGGAAGAGAUGGGAUGAGGUUCUGUGUUUCUGAAGCACUACCUUCAUCAGUUUGCCACUGAGCAAAACCAUGUUGAAUCUUUUACCUCUCGCAAGCCUGUUUUUCCUCCUUUUAGAAUUCUUGGGUUAUUUUUUUUUUUUCUUGUCUUAUUUUUUGUCAUUGUCGAUGUUUUCAUUUGAUUUGGCUGUUUUGGGUACUUGACACUUUACAUUGUAUACAUGUGUGUAUAUAUUAGGUGAUAAUGAUAUUGGUCCCUUUAUAAAAGGUUUAUUACAGAUUGUUAGGGUUAUAUCUUCCUUCAGCUUCACUCCAGGCUCCUCCCUGAGCGAAGCUUACAAAGGGUCAAAGGCUGUUUGAAUGUAUGAGAACAUUUAAUUGAGGAACCCAUUUUGUCCUAAACUCAGCACUUGACAGAACCGGGCAAGUUCCAUCCCAAAGCAUGAACCGUGAUCUGCGUAUGUAUGUGUGUUUGUGUGUGUGUGUGUGUGAGAGAGAGAGAGAGAGAGAGAGAUAUUGAGUGAAAUCUGCCAAGGUUAGCGAGCUCAGUGAGAGAGAGGGCGCUGUUUUACAGACAGCUGCUGCACAAAGGCUGAGAAUGUUUUCUCUUUCCAUGCAUGGGAAGGAAGGAAAGAUAGAUGCACCUUUUAUGCAUUUGCACAGCUUUACUAAAGAUUUAUUCCCAAUGUAGAAAGAAAGAGAGGGAUUUCUAUUUAAGAGGGAGAAGGGAAGUUAGAAGUACUUGUUCCAACAUUCUGCCCAAGGGACCACAAAUCCACUGGACGAUUGGGGUGAGAUGAGCAAUAAAUACUAGUUUGGGUUGGGAGGCCAAAUCGAGGGAGAAAGGUGGUGGGGGGUGGUCGACGUUCCAUUCAUUUUGUGAGUGUUGAUCUCUGGAAGGGUGCAACACUGUCCUUUGGACACAUCCUAAGCCACGUGACUCAAUCCCCGUGGCUGGGAGAGUCAGCAUGUCAGGUUUGUGGUCAUGUCCAAACAUGCUUCACUCCAAAAUCUGGCACCGUGACUGCAGUUAUGGUCUCCUUCCGUUUUUAUUAGAGGGACGGCCUAUCAUAGCAAAAUCUUAUUAUUCCAAAAGUGCUUGAUGGACUUUACAGACCUCACAUAGAGUUGCCUCAUUUGGAGAACGCAGAGAAAAAUCUUGGUGUAAUUGCUGGUGGCAGUGACUAGAGUAUAAAGUUUGUAAUACCGUUUGCGAGGCAGACAUUAUCACCCACUUUGCCAUUGCUGCAGCUGCAGUGCUGUGCCCAAUGUUUCAGUCCUUUGCACCUUAAGAGGAGCAGCAGGUUUCGAUUGCACUUUGUUACUGAGAAGGGCACUUUUUUGUCAAAAUAAACGGGUACUUUGAAACAAAUGAGAGAAUGUGCUAAAAAAAAAAAAAGACACCCAUCCAUGUCAUGAUGCUUAGCUUGGUUCUUUGUUGUGGUUUUAGUUUUUUUGACGACUGGCUGCCAAACUACAAUCUGUACAGUCAAAUGUUGCAGGGUUAUCAUGUUGAGUUUCCAAAAUGGUGUGUGACCUUGAUUAGAAAACAAGCAGACUUUUAAAAAGACACCCUUAAAAAGAAGAUAUUGCCCUUAUAUCUGAUUGCACUUGAAGUUUUCAUUUGAUGUAUACAUUUUUUUUCUUUAUAUAUGUCUUAAUGCAGAAUGGGGUCAAUGAGGGGGUGGCUACAUGCUUGUGUAUGUGUGUGUAAGAAUAUGUGUGUACGUGUGAGAUUGCGUGCUUGCGUGUCUUCAGGGGUCUUCCAGUAAUUCUUAAUACGCAUUUUCCAUUUAAACAGUUGACCAGUUCAUUACUCUGGUUUAUAUAUCAUUAUGUGCAAAGAACAGACUGCCUGUUAUAGUCUAACUCCAAUUUUUACUCAGUGACAACCUGUGUAGGGUUUUUAAUAAAAGGGAUGUGUUCGCUUAAGGUUGUUAUUGCAAGGCUACACCCUUAGCAGUGCUCACUGCAGAGUGAGCUUAGUUUGUUCUGACCCACGUUAUGUGAUCAGCCUGUCCAGAAAUUCCAAGGUUCUUAAUGCACUUUGGGUUGAUUAUUGGGAGCAUGGCUUCCGGCUGUCCAUGAACCUAAACCCUACACUAAAACAUUCUGUGGCUCAACUUGCAGCUGGUCAAUCCAGAGAGCAAAGUGAAGUUGCGUGUGAUGAAAAUUAGCCACAGCCCAAAACCAUGCCCCUUAUUACUUAAGCAAGUUGAGUAGAAAUCAUUGAGAAAUGUAAAUGUACUUGAGUUCUUUCUUUCAUUAUUGCUGUCCUUUUUGUGAUCUGUUGCUGCCUGUUUACUAGAUGAAAUGAGUCUUUUCUUUUUUUUUUACCCUGCAAGGGUUGUUGAUACACUUACUUUUAAGUUGAUGGCUCUUGUAUGAUUUGACACGUCUAUAGGGGAGGGACGGGGGUUUGAACUUAUAACGUGGAGAUGGACGAUUGUUUUUGGUGGCUCAGCUGGGGUGAUAUGUAGCUUGAAAGCACUGGAUAUGGUGCUUUAGCUGAAACAGCAAGAAUUUUUUUGCACUAAAAGUCCUUAAAUAAGAAGGACUGGUUAACUCGGCAAGGCCUUUGAGUUUCCAUGAACACAGAGCCUAAUUUAAGCCUGCUUCAUCUCCCUUUUUUUUUUUUUUUUUUUUUUACUUUUACACUUAUUAUUAUUAUUAUUAUUAUUAAUUACUAAUUAUUAUUAUUAUAAAUCCAAAGUAGGUAAAGACCUGGGUUACUUGAAAAAAUUUGAACUUGUAUCUGAAUAAGCUUGCUGUCUCUUUCUUACUUAAUCUAAUGAUUGCAUCAGAUAACAUUUCCAAAUAACGCCAACAUUAUUGAGCAACAUAACUUUUUUAAAAAGUAGCGUGGUUAAAAAAAUCCAAAGCACAUAUGACAUGUCAGUGAAACCGCAACACAGGACAGACAAUGGCAGAGCUUUUAAGAAAUUGUCUAACUUAACACAAACUGUUAACUGGAUAAAACGCUAAAUAGCUGAUUUCAAAUUUGUCUGAAUAGGUAAUGACGUAUCUGUAGGUUCAUAGCAGCUCACUGGCCUUGUCUGGGACUUAAACAUUGUAUAAAUGGGUCCAUGAGGAGUCUGAGGGAGGCUGUGUUUAAACCUGACUAAGCAGAGAGGGAACUGGGUAAGAAUGUGCCUUAAGUUGGGAGGCUAUCAGGAUCAUUCUUGUUCAUUCCCGUAAACAACCACACCAGAAUGUGUGAGCUGUUCAUAUGAGGCAAUGCAAGGGUGAAAAGUAGGGUUGGGCAAUAUGACAAUAUAACAUGAAUAUUGUGAUUACAAAUACAUACAAUUUUGACAUACCCCAGACAUUUCCAGUACUUUUUAUAACCUUGACUGAUUCCAUUGUUAAACAUUAUCCACUAGCUGAUUGGUUGUUAAAGUGUUUUUGUCCUGUUUCCUCUUCUUUUUAAAUCAUGACUUUGCAUUGAUUGAAGCCAUGUUCCUACGGUAUUACUGUUUUGCUGACACUUUACCCAGCAUAAACAUCACAAUAUAGAUGUGAUGCAUGUAAAAAUGUCUCUAAGUAUUGUCAUUUCGCCCAGUCCUAGUGAAAAGCUCCAGUCUUCACUCCUCUUCAUAGAAGGUUGAUGCCUCAGCUUCCUUUUAUGACUCCUAAGAUUGAUACUAGACUGAGAUGGUGUCUCUUUAAAAGAAAUUGUCACUUGUAAUAUCUAAAUAUUUGUCUUUGUUUUUAUUUAUUUGUCAGGUUCUGGACAACCAUUAAAAACACAUGCAAUGACAGUGAUUACUGUAACAAUCAUGGAAUAAAUGGUAGUAGAGUAACGGUCACAUCUGAGCUAUAAAUCAGCAUGCCACGGGCUGAUUUCUGACUAGGUAUAUGCAAACUAUAGAGAGGUUUGUGUUGUAGUUCCGCAUAUCCAUUGAUAGACUGCUGUCUGUUGCUUACAGGCGCUUUGCACUAGGAGUCCUUUAUGGGUGUGGGAACCAGUGGUUUGCACAGAAUGGGGAGAGCGAAUACAGGUAGUUGUUGUUGUGUGGUUCUGUUCAGGAAUGAAUGAUGCCUCCCUAAGCGCGUGACGGCUUCAGAUGUUGUGCUAUAUACCAGUCAUUGAAACGAUACCGAGCAGCAGUGCAUGGCGUGCUUGUGUGUGUGUCAUUGUGUGGUAGAACACAAGUCACUGUUGUGGAGAUUAUGGGUAAUCAUCUAUUUUUUAAGUCAAUUGCUUCUCAGGUUGAAAAAACACUGCAGACCAUUGGUUUGGUACCACCCCAUAGUUUUUUGCCUUGCAUCUAAUCAAAGCUUUAUUGUACAAUUUUUCUCCAUGUAAAGAUUUUAUCUACCAAACAGACCUAUGCACCCACAGUCCCCCUCAUUACCCUGUCUAUUGUGUGCAUUCUACAGUUCUCAAGUAAGAGAAUCAAAGAGUUAGAUUAUUAGACAAAAACAUCAAACUGCUGGGUUAACAUCGUUCCCUUAAAGUUUAUAGAUUGAGCUGGCUACAUUCCAGCCUCUGGGCCACAGAAUAUCCACAGUAGAGAGUGUACUUUGUGUCAGAGUGAAACUUUUUGUUGGUUUUAUGAAGCCACCUACAAAUCCAGGACGCAUUCCGUAAACUAGACAAACGAUUCCGUAAACUAGAUUCCCACUUACAAACGAUGACAGGAGAGUCAACAUGCUUAGGUUUAAGGGAAGAGAUGUGAUGUGUUUCUUUCCCUCUGCCUUCUUUCAGUCCUGAGGUUAGCAAGUAGGCAGCGAUGUGGGCUUCGUACGGCCAGCAUGCUAUUUGCAGGUCGGCAGUUGUAAUGGAAAAAUAAAGGCACUUUUAUGUGCUUUCUCCAUUGGUUUUUACUGUUAAUGUUAUCGUUGCUGUUUUCUUCUCUAUUGUUAAUGUUUUUUUUUUUUGUUUUUUUUUUUUUUACAUCUCAUUGUGGAUAUGAUGAUUUAUUUAAAUGCAAAAAAAAAAAAAAAAAAAAAAAAAAAAAAACUACAUGGAAAACUUGAACAUGCUAAUAUUUGGGUUGAAGUCCUUUCAAACUGCCGCCCCACUAAAUAACAUGCAUUUGUAGACAGACACAGCAAAGCAAGGAACAAUAGCAGUAGUUCAUCAAACAGAACAUGCUUUCUAGUAAAAAAAAAAAAACAAACAAAAAAAAAAAAAAA